UUAAGCAUUUGAGGCACAGGUAAUGUGUGACUGACUGAUGUUUAAGCCAAUGAAGAAUAAGGGUGUGGGAAAUCUCCACAAUGAUGUCACUUCAGUGAAGAAUGAGUCUGAAGUGUUUGCUAAAUUGAGAAAUCUGAUUGGGAGGACCCAGAGACUAUGAAAAAAGUUGAGAACACUUUCUUUUCGAUACUCUGAAAUGAUGUCCAACGAACAAGAGACACUUGUUGGAACUUGUUAGGAAUUGAGAAAGAUAUUGAUCUGCUGCUUCCUGGUUUAUAAAAUGCUCGCCCGAAGAGGUAAGAAUACAGAAAUCAGAAACUUUCAGACCAGGUAAGGAGCACAGCAGCGUUAGGGCUACAUUCAUACUGACAUGCAGAAGCCGCACCUAGCAUGACUGGAACGGGAGGCUUAACAGCAAAGCUUGAAAGACAUAAGGCUGGAACAGUAAUGCAGAUAGCACAUGUACUGCCAACACGGCAUAAAAAGGAAGAUUGGCAUUUAUAAAGAAUAAGAAAGUUUAUAAGUAAGUACAUGAAGUUUUGACAAGGUUAGAAAAGAAAAGGUACUACUAAAACCAGAAGAAUGCAGACAAAUCUUCAAAAUAACAAAAAUAAAAAAGUUACAAUAUAUAUUUGAAGAUAAAAAGAAACGUUCAGGUAAUGUAUAAUUGUGACAAUAGAUUUGUAAGCAAAUACUUAAUAUCAAAUAGAUGCAAUAAGGUGAAUAAUUAUAAUCAUAAAUGGCCAGUCAACCCUUUUUUAUAUUGAGCACAAAGCAGAGAGAAAAAAAAAGUGCCAUAAAUACCAACUGUUCCUCAAUUUAACUGAUUCUCAGUGCAAAAGAAAAUUAAUGAUUAUUGCCAGAAAUGCCAAAAUGCCAGGAUGACAAACAUUGGAAUUUGUAAAGAUUAUGAAAAUAAAAGUUUGGGUUAUGUUAGAAAACAAAUUAUGAAAAUGGCGCUACCAAGACUAGUUUUUCACAUUCUGAUGUUGUAGGUACGAUGGACAUCAGCUGAAGCCCCAAAGCUGUUAUGGUCAUUAGUAUUAAGAUGGAGGUAACAGCAGUUCUGGGAUUAUGUUUUGCAUUGGCAAAAGUACAACUUUUCAUCAUUUGCCAUCAGCAUUUAGGUGUGAUAAACAUUCUAAAAUGAUUACAUAGCAUCAUGGUCUAAGGACCAUACAAAAACAUUACACAAGCUAUAACAUUUAAGAUGAGGUAAAAUUAGUGUCCAAAAGGGCUAUGCCAAGCUGUUGCUGAACUACAUCAUUGCAAUAGAAAGGGAUUUUCCUUAGGUCAACCUAGCUCUAAAACUCAAAUGUUUUCAGGAGAGAGAUGGCCAGGUGUUCUGAAAGUUAAAAACAAACUACAGGGGAGAGAUGCAGUUGAGUGGCAAAGGAUACAGCAGCAACUGACAAUCAAACUAUUCCCCUUUAGUGGAAGGAGGUAGGUGUGGCAGAAAUGCCUCUGCCACGUGUUCUUGGAGGGGCCUGCUUGACAGCCUCCUGUCAAAAGACUAUAGGCCCUUUAAAAACUAUGUGAACAGACGUGGUUCGUGGGAUUUUAUAUUUGGUUCGGGAACUGAACAGGCGCACGAACCAGAGACCACCCGGGAGCUUGUUAAGCCUAAUUGACAGUUUGUAACGCUUUCCACUGCAGUGUUCUAAGUGUUCAUCUGUUCGCAUGAAUGAUCACGAGGUGGCGGCCAUCUUGUUCCCACGAACACAGGCAGCAGUGUUUGGUUGUCGAGUUCAUGGAACUGUUUUCGGACACUGAAAACUUCUGAACACUGCUGGACUUCCAGGAUCGCCUGCGUUCGGUUCUACACAACUUAAAAGGGUACUGUUCGGUGGAAACGUUCCCACGAACAAGGUGAACAAGCUCCAGGGUAAUAACAUUGACUAUGUUCAGUAGUUUGUUUGGUUUUUAAAUUACAGAACUAGACCAACCACAAGCCCUGAUUCUCUGAAACUGUUUUGGGCAUGGGACCAUGCGUAUGGUUGGUCAAAUUAUGACUUCCAGGAAAUUACUGAACCCCUGAACCGAUCUGCACCAGACCUACAGGGAUGCUGGAAAGCCGCCUCAGAUCCUCAACAGCCACAGUAUGAAUACCAGAGGGAAGAGGCUGACAAUCCAUCCCCACAGCAGCAAAUUCCCAACCGGGUUCGGGGGGGGUGGGCGGGGAGUGGCUGAGACGGCAGGUCAACUGACCUCAUCCUAGCAGAAGAGCUGACACCCGGGCCACCCCAGCAGAAUACCUAAAUACCCACAGGCCACCCCACCAGAAGCACUGGCACCAGGGCAGAGCGCAGUUGGCCUCUGCCCUCCCCUUGUCCUUAGUCCAGGACCUGAUGACCCGAUCUACCCAGCUGUAACACUGGCUGCGGGGCAGAGCACUGCUGGCCUCUGCCCACCAGGUAACCAACAGAUAGGCCGGGAGUACCGGAUGCCCACUUAACAGCUGGGGACACACAGGACAGAGCCGGGCUACAGAAGUCACCAGGUCCAGUACUUGUUUAUGGUUGGGCUACUCAACUACUCCUGUACCGACCAACAGGAAGUCAGGUACCUGGUUAGUCUUCCCUUGGGGGGAAAGAUGUGUGGCAGAAAUACCUCUGCCACGUGUUCUUGGAGGGGCCUGCUUGACAGGCUCCUGCCAAAAGACUAUGGGCCCUUUAAAAACUAUGUGAACAGAUUUGGUUCGUGGGAUUUUAUAUUUGGUUCGAGAACCGAACAGGCGCACGAACCAGAGACCAACUGGGAACUUGUUAAGCCUAAUUGACAGUUUGUAACACUUUCCACCACAGUGUUCUAAGUGUUCUUCUGGAUAGGCGCUGUUUGCAUGAAUGACCACGAAGUGGCAGCCAACUUGUUCCCGUGUAUGCAGGCAGCGGUGUUUGACCAUCGAGUUCAUGGAACUGUUUUCGGACACAAACUCCUGAACACACACCAGUAUCGCCUCCGUUCGGUUCUACACAACUUAGAAGGGCACUGUUCGGGGAAAACAAGCCCUGAUUCUCUGAAACUGUUUUGGGCAUGGGACCAUGCAUGCGAAUGGUCAAAUUAUGACUUCCAGGAAAUUCCUGAACCGAUCUGGGUGAUUUUUGGAUAUGUUGGGCACCCAGAUCGGGGCUAUCAGGGGAUGUAACUUUUGUGAGGGUUUUGUGGGUUUAAAGGUAUUUUUGGGGUUUUGUUAAAAUGUAUGUUCCUCAAUUAUCUCUCAGACACAGGGGAGGGAUUGACCUAUUUUGUAUGGGAGUAUCCUGGACCUGAGAGCCAAUGUAAUCGUGUGUAUGUUUUUACUGUAGUCUACUCUCAGGUCCAGGCGGGAGUGCCCCUUGCAUGGGGACCUGCUUAUAAGGCCAGUUGUGGCUGAGAAUAAAUGAGUUCCUCUUCACCCUCAACAGCUAUAUUUACUCUGGGGAUUGCUAUACUAAUUAUACUCCCUUGGAUUAUAAUCACUAGCUCUUGUAAGAGCUAUCCUGCUUUACUCUCUGGAUUGGGAGAGGUCUACCCAAUGGAAGCUGGAUCCUGGUCUUGGGUCCAGGGUGGGUGGAGGAUAACGAUACCCCAUCCAAACUGUAAUGCUUGCUGCGGGGUUUACGGUGGUUAAGGUGUCUGGUGGAGUGCAUGGAGUACUCGUGAGCACUAGGAAGCAUCGAUUGGCGGAGGCACCCAGUUGCGGUGCCCAGCGGUCCGUCACAGUAGGUAAAAUUGUCACGUAUAUAUCUUUAAGUGUACUCAUGUCCCUCAGUAGCGCAGCAGCCCUUAUGAUAUUUCAUGCUUAUUUGGUCUAUCUUACUCAUGAGUAAUCAUGUCCAAAUCAAAAUGCACUAAAAGAUGUCCCACAUAAGGACAACUCACCCCUUUUUUAUAAUUUAAAAUGAGCUGCAGAGUCAAGUCUCCAACAACUUUGAGGGCUUAAACGCCAGUUAGUGUAGCAGCAUAAUGGGUAAAUCUGCAAACUAAACCUACAGUGCCAAAGAGGGGUACAUUUCCAAUUUAAAAGCAAAACUGGAAUCAUUAAAUAAAUGUCCAGUACAGGUGUGGAAUAUAGGCUAAAUAAAAUAUAUAAAAGUACAAGUAUUCCACAAUCAGCAGCAGGUUCCUAAAUUUGCAUUCAUAAAAAUAAAACAACCGUUAUAUUUAAUAAAUAUAUCUAUAUAGAUAGAUAGAUAGCUAUCUCCCAGGUCCCAGCACUCGAUGCUCCCGGUCUUUCAAUUGCUCCGGUGCAAUCUCAAGCCCACUAUAUUUUCCAAAUAGAAAGCACUCUGGAGUCUUUGUGAAGUAAAUUUACUGUUGCUUUAUUCAGAAAUAACAGUGAUUAAACAACGUUUCAAUCUAUUCAGACUUUUAAUAUAUUUACAUGGGCGCCUGCAGGAAAUUUUCCGGGGGGGAAGGGGGCAUAAUUGUAAUGACAUUCAUGCUCUGCCCCUUUUUGACAGUAUCAUGAAGGGGAGGGGCAUAGUCAAUUAUCACAUAAAGCGCAGGCAUACAAAAGAUUUGAGAAAUCUUAUGCAAAAGAUUAAUAAAAGAAUCAAGUUGCCAUUGUCUGAUUUAAGUGUUGCAAUUUCUGAUCUGUUUUAAUGUUAACACUGUACAAUGCACCACAUUAGUCAUACACACAUGAUCAAGGCACUAUAACUGAAUUAUAAAAAUGACUGCACACAAAGCUACCGCCAGAGCACUAGGUAGCAUGCACAGCAGUUGCCACAGUAUUUGGAGACACUCACAGCACUAGCUACAGCACCAGAAUGUGCCCACUGUAUGAGAUUGCACCAACACAACAUUUGUCGCACCUUAUAAAUGCCAGUAAUAAUAAUAAUAAAGGGCCCUGGAGGGGGGCCCUCUAACAGAGGCCGUCUCAGCAUCCAUUUGAGAGUCUGUUUUAAAAAAAAAUACAUUUUUACCUGUGUGUCUCUUAAUCAUCCCCAUCUCCUCUGUGUGUAUUUGUCCCCUCUGUGUGUUCUUAUUCACUUCCCAGACCCUCUCUUUGUCAUUGUUUUCUUCUACAUUCCCUCUGUGUUUCUGCUCCCCACCCCUAGACUGCUAAAUACAUACAUACAGACUGCUGAAUACAUGUCCACACAGACUGCUAAAUACACACACACAGACUACUGAAUACACCCACAGAUUGCUGAAUACAUACACUCAAAACUGAAUACACACACACAAACACACAGACUGCUCAAUACACACAAUCUGCUAAAUACAUGCACACAUACUGCUGAAUACACACACACAGACUGCUGAAUACACACACAGAUUGCUGAAUACACGCAAAGACUGCUGAAUACAUUCACUCACUGCUGAAUACACAAACAUACACAGCAAGCAGCCCUCCCUCAUUCCUUAUACAACUUACAACUAAUCACCCGUGAAAAAUGAAAUUGAAACUUACCUUUUGGAUACUUGCUUCCCUUAAGUUACCUCCCAAGUUGGUAACUAUGUACAAAAUAUUAUAAAAUGCAAAAUGACCGGGGAUACAGCUUGUAUCACUAAAAUAUAAACAUAAAACACAACAUAGUGUAGCAAAGUUAUAGCCUUAAACACUCGCUUCACGUUUCAAGGUUACACUCACAAAUUGAUGUUUUGUAUCAGGCCUUCAGGGUGCCUCCCCUAUGGUUAGGGUUUUUUUUUCCUGUUGCUGGUAAUCACGCCAAUUCCGGAAUGAGGAAGCCCACAUGGUUAAGUACAAAAAAGUACAAUACCAAGGAUCCAGUCCCUGUAAUAGGUUCAAUAUGACAUUUUUCAAAAGCUAGGAUAUGGUUAUAAGGUUAUUAAAGGCUAGGAUAAAAGAGAGAAGUUUGAUACGACAUGUUAAAAGACUAUAGGCUUUUCGUGACUCACAGCUGCAGUCUAAGAGUGAGACAACAGGUUUCUGACAUUUUGGACAUUAGGAAAGGGUAUACUGCCCUUUCCCAGAGUAUUUUGUAUGCUUUGUGCAGCCCCAAACACACUGUGGACACGUAAUGCACCUAGUUAGCCCUUUUGUGACUGUAGCAAUUUCCCUUUUCUCUAAUGUAUCAUAGACCACAUAUGUGGUAAUAGUGAAUCUGACUACAUGGGACAUACAGCAGAAAUGGAACUUUAAAAAAACAACAAAAAAAACAUUUUUAGGGACUACAUCCUCCUACUCUAACUUCAUACAUGAAGUCCUGAAUUAUUUUCUAUAAUCCUUAAGGUGAUGAUUAUCAGCUAGUUAAGUCCAUAUGUUAUUAGAUUGAUAUUUAUUUUUUAGCAGAGCCUGUCCAUCCACUGUUAUUCCCCCACACUCCCCUCAUGCCUCACUUACCUGAUCUGUAGGCUGCCCCCCAUGCCUCACUUACCUAAUCUGUAGGCUACCCCCUCCCCAUCCCUCACUUACCUGAUCUGUAGAAUGCCCCACCAGCCUAAUCUGUAAACUGCCCACCAUGCCUCACUUACCUGAUCUGUAGGCUGCCCCUCCCCCCCAUACCUCACUUACCUAAUCUGUAGGCUGCCCCCACAUGUCUCACUUACCUAAUCUGUAGGCUGUCUCUGCAGUCUGGGAGUUGCUGGCUGCACUGUCUAUAGCUGCUCCCCUGUUGAUUUAGUCAGGAGAGAGAAGCAGGGAUAAUGUAUUCUCAAUCAUAAGAAAAAUACUGGCACAAACUGAAAAAUCCACAGGGAGGGCAAGUGCCCCCCCUUGCCCCGUCCUGCAGACACCAAUGUGUAAAGUGGAUCCUUCUAGUGCAUCAUGCUUGCGAUAUGUGGCAUAGGCCUCCCCCUCCCUCCCUUCUCUGGGAGCGAUUGUUCAUGCGAGUACAUAGUUUAUUCCCUCCAAAGAGCGCUCUCCUGGGAGACCAGAGACCCGCGAGGACUGUGGCAGGCAAGUGCCCCCCCUUGCCCCGUCCUGCAGACGCCAAUGUGUAAAGUGGAUCCUUCUAGUGCAUCAUGCUUGCGAUAUGUGGCAGUGCCCCCCCCCUCUCUGGGAGCGAUUGUUCAUGCGAGUACAUAGUUUAUUCCCUCCAUAGUCAAGAAGUGGGGGAAAACAAAGGGAAAAAUUGGCCAGGAAAGCGGUUUAGUAGCGGCCGUGUCGGAGUUACAGAGAAGUUGUAAGUCCUGCUACAGUCCUCACGGGUCUCCCUGGACGACCAAGGGAAGAUGUGCUCUUGGUGAAUGAACUUUGAGGGGAUGUUGAGGAGUGCUAGUGUUUUGGGACAGCCUCUGGAAAGGGACAUGAGUAUAUGGGUCAUAGUGAUUAUGCCCCUUUUUGGAGUGAGGUGCAGGCUGUUCUUUGUAUUGGCACAAGUGCUUGGGUGGUCAGUCACACCAUGUAUACUGGUGACUGCUCUGACCUAACAAAUGUGAAUUGUUUCACAUUUCCUGCUUGGGAAAAGCAUGUAUAAAGGUUUUACACAGGUCUCCACAUCACUACCAUUUUGUUGGUUUAAAGGACCACUAUAGGCACAUUUAGCUCAAUGAAGUGGUCUGGGUGCCAGGUCCCCCUAGUUUUAACCCUGCAGCUGAAAACAUAGCAGGUUUACACUGCAUGGCUAAUCCAGCCUCUAGUGGCUGUCUCCCUGACAGCCACUAGAGGCGCUUCUGCGUUUUACACAGAGUAAAUCGUACUUACUUGACGCUGGACGUCCUCAUGGACUCCAGCGUCAAAUAAGAACCCCAUAGGAAAGCAUUAAGUAAUGACUUCCUAUGGGCAGGUUUGAAUGUGCGAGUGCCUCUGACUGCGCAUGCGGCUCCACUCGGGAGCUGACGUCGACGGGGGAGGAGAGGUCACCAGCGCCGAGGGAGGCCGGCGCUGGAUUAAGGUAAGUGGCUGAACAGGUUUUAACCCCUUCAGCACUGAGGGAGGUGGGCACUCCAAGAGCCUAUAGUGCCAGUGUUAUAGGAAUGCAAGGCUAAGAAGUACAUAAGAGAAUGGACACGGAUUCCAGGAAGCAAACAUUGAUUUAUUUGCAGCUGCAAAUGUUCCAGUGCCAUUAUCAGUAACACGAUGCACUGGACACAGAUUAGUUUCCUAACAAAGAAUAUAUACUGGAAAUGACGUAUUCCAUACGUAUACAUAGAAUACAAAAAUUGCACCUACAUUACUAUAGUUACAUCCAAUAUUAAACUAAUGCUUAUCUCUUACAUCUGUUAUCUAAUAGUGGGCAUUCCUGACACACAUGUGACCUGGUCCAAGAUAGUUGCACAGUAGUUUUAACCAUGUGAGUACUGAACUUUUCUUAAACAUCCUGUAGCUUCUACCACACCAGGAAAACAGGUUUUCCUGGCACUAUAGGAUCCAUUUAAUUAGAUUGUGUGUGUUGACUUCUUCAGUAUUCAUGCUAAAUGUGAUGUGGAUGUGUGUGCUUCAUGUUGGUGUUAGGUGGGUGAUGUAGUUGAUAGGGGCAGAUAGGUUAACAUUUUGCAUGUUAUGUACAAGGGGAAAACUACAUUGUGACUUAGUCUGGUUUAAAAUAAUAAGAUAAAAUGUCUGUGGACAUGAUACCUGUUAGGCUUGCACUUAUCUUCCAGUUGUACUCAACAAGAAUUUGUUGCUGUCAUGUUAAAGGACCACUAUAGUGCCAGGAAAACAUACUCGUUUUCCUGGCACUAUAGUGCCCUGAGGGUGCCCCCACCCUCAGGGACCCCCUCCCGCCCGGCUCUGGAAGGGGAAAAGGGGUUUAAACUUACCUUUUUCCAGCGCUGGGCGGAGAGCUCUCCUCCUCCUCUCCGCCUCCGUUCCGCCCCGCCGGCUGAAUGCGCACGCGCGGCAAGAGCUGCGCGCGCAUUCAGCCCGUCGCAUAGGAAAGCAUUUACAAUGCUUUCCUAUGGACGCUGGCGUGCUCUCACUGUGAAAAAUCACAGUGAGAAGCACGCAAGCGCCUCUAGUGGCUGUCAAUGAGACAGCCACUAGAGGAUUAGGGGGAAGGCUUAACCCAUUCAUAAUUAUAGCAGUUUCUCUGAAACUGCUAUAAUUAUGAAAAAAUGGGUUAACCCUAGAAGGACCUGGCACCCAGACCACUUAAUUAAGCUGAAGUGGUCUGGGUGCCUAGAGUGGUCCUUUAAACUAAGUUUUUACUAUUUAUCUACAUUUUACAUGCUUAUAGGUAUUACAUACUUUAAGCAGGUUUAUCCACAACUGCUUCAUGUACCUAGCUGACAUUUGUUCUUUUCCAAUGCCACUGAAUCAAUCCCUUAUUCAAUCAAUUCUUAUAUGGAUUUGAAAUAUUAUUUGCAAUUUGCUUUACUCUUAUAUCCUGUCUAAUCCAACUUGUUUAUUAAUGUGUUUUUCUAUACUAUUCCUUUCUACUAGUCUCUCCCUCUGUAAUGUAAUCACUGUUUAAUAACUCAAGGUUAAGGUUUCCAUUUCCUCUGUUCCAAAUCCUUGUUCCCUUCUCAGUUUCCUCUGUCUUUACUGUCAUUAAUUCAUUUUCAAAAUACAACCAACUUUACAAUAAAAUUCUUGCAAAUUAUUUUUUUUAGGCAUGAUCACAGUCACAGAGGCAGCAUCCCUUGCUGACUCCCAGGCCCAUUUUAAGGCCCUGAAACCUUGGUGGGAUGUCCUCAUGGAUUACCUUCUCAUCAUAAUGCUUAUGGUCUCCUUUUUCUCUGCCACGUUACUUAUAACAAUGGACAAAGUUGUUUGCAUGCCAAAGCCUAUAGAUACACACAAAAACAAAACAGAUGACUUGUCUAAAGCUGGCUUCACAUAUUCAUCAAUUUCAAGAGAACCUGGUCACUUGACCAAGUUGGACUAUCAGCAGUACUUGUAUGUCAGUGUAGUUUGCUACCAUAAAGUAGUACCAUGGCAGUCCAAAUAUUUUCCCUAUCUGACUCUCGUCAACACUUUGAUUCUUCUGGUCAGCAGCAACUUCUGGUUUAAGUAUCCGAAGACUUCAUCCAAAGUUGAUCAUUUCCUCUCCAUUCUAUCUAAGUGCUUUGAAUCUCCAUGGACUACAAAAGCACUUGAAGAAACAAGUGAUCAACCACCUCCUGAUCACACCCGUCUAAAGUCGAGCUGUACACGUUCUGUGGAAUACUCUUCGAGAUCACCACUCCUAAGGGAAUUUCCAUUCAUACCCAUACAACUACCAGCUUCUUCAAUUCUUGACAAAAAAGAAGAGGAGCAGGCAAAGGCUUUGUUUGAGAAAAUACGUCACUUUCGAUUAUAUGCCGAGGACUCUGAUAUAGUAUAUCAGGUUUACAUGGGACAGACAAUCUUUAAAGUAGUUAAAGUAACAAUAGUAAUAGGAUACACAUUCAGUCUUGUGGGAUCCUUCAGUUUCCAACAUAUUUGUAAGCCUGAUAUACAGAACCUAAUGGGAUAUACUCUGUUUAUUUGCACUCACAACUUGGCUUACAUCCUGGAGAAGCUUCUGCUGACUUAUAUACUUCUUGUCUGUCUGUAUGCCUUUUUAGCAGCUUAUGCCUUGUUUUGGCUUUUCAGCCAUCAGCUAAAAUCUUACUCCUUUGAAAAAAAUCAUGAUGGGAAUGUCUUUGGAGACAUUCCAGUUGUUAAGAAUGAUUUUGCCUUCAUGUUACACAUGAUAGAUCGCUAUGACUCUUUGUACUCCAGGAGAUUCUCAGUGUUUCUGUCCGCAAUCAGUGAAGGGAGGCUGAAAGAGCUAGCACUCAAUUCUGAGUGGACACUGGAGAAGCUCAAGGAGCAAGUGAACAAAAACAAGGGGCACUGUGAGCUGGUGAUCUCAAUGCUUCCAGCCAUCCCAAUAGCAGUUUAUGAUUUGACUGAAAUUGAAGUCCUCAAGCUGGAAUUGAUCUCCUCUGCAAAUUUUUUAGCAGCUGUGUCCAGACUCAAACGUUUGUCUGAACUGCAUCUAAGGCACACUUUGGUUAAGACAGAUCCUGAUGCACAUCGUUUCCUUCAGGAGCAUUUGAAGAUUCUUAAGGUUUGGUUCACUGACCUUGAGGAGCUCCCUGCCUGGAUCUACUCUCUGAAGAAUCUUCAGCAGCUGCAUCUUUCUGGCAACCUUAACUCCUCAAACAACAAAUCCAUUCGUUUACAGUCCUUACGGGGUCUAAGGAACCUCAGAGUCCUAUCUCUUACCAGUAAUCUAUCGUAUCUGCCACCCACUGUCCUGGAUAUAGCAGGACAACUGCAUAAACUAAUAAUUCAUAAUGGAGAAACAGUGCUCUGCUCACUAGGUCAUCUGAAAAAAAUGAGCCAACUCACAAAUAUUGAGCUUCGCCAGUGUCAAAUCUCAAAGAUUCCUGGAGCUCUCUUCAACUUGCCUACACUACAAAAUAUGGAUUUGACAUCAAACUUAUUACAGAAUGUGGAUGAAUUGGGAACUUUACAGCGACUCCGAAAUAUAACUACAUUAAGACUGUGCCACAAUGCCAUAUAUUGCCUCCCUCCAACAAUUGAGAACUUGUUCAAUCUGGAAGAACUGACUCUUUCUCACAACAAUCUGGACAAUUUGCCAACUACUCUAUUUAACUUGGUCAAACUGAGGCACCUUGAUAUCAGUCACAAUCACAUCAAAACUAUUAUUCCAGAAAUAGGACACUUGUCACGUUUGGAGUUGUUGGAAAUUUCUAGCAACCAAAUCUCUUUUCUACCAGUGGAGUUGUUUCGUUGCACUAGGCUCCGUUCGCUUUAUGCUGGCCAUAACAAGCUUACCAACUUUCCUUCAGAAGUCAGACAACUAUCUCUCCUGUCUACAUUAGAACUGACGGGCAACAACUUAACCUCUUUGCCAGUAGACAUUGCCUCUUGCUUGAUGCUAAGAAAAGGAGCUAUGUUUAUAGAAGAAAAUGUGUUGAACAUGUCCCCUAUGAAACUGAGGAUUAAAUUUUCAUGAAUAAACAAGUAUCCCUACCUAAAUAAGUUUAAUUGUUUUGUCUCUGUAAUGUAAAGUACAUUGAAUUUUAAAUUAAACACUUACUAAGUGAAUAAAGUAGGCCGUCCACUUUAAUAUGAGGUCUACACAUCUUCAAAG